CGGCCGCGAUUCGCCGUCUCCAUCUCGUCUCCCGCUUCCUCCCCGCGUCCGCCACGCCACCCCCCACCUCGCCGCCUCGCCGUGGCUGCUCCUCCCCUCCCCUCCCCUCCCCGCCGCCGGUGCUCCGGCCUUCGCUGCCGCCGUGCUUUCUCUAUCUAUCCUCUUCCCCCACGCGGACGGGGGUGCGGCGAUUCGGGCUCUCCGCCGGACACGCGUCGCUUCGGCCUCAACUGAAGAGCCACGCUUCGGUCUCGACUCUCGAACCCCCAAGUUUGUUGCGUUGCAGAAGAUUCGUUUGAUGCGUGCUGAAGUACAAUCGUGAAAGGAAGGAACUGUGCCAACACCACCUGAUUGGUACUCCUGUCGUUCUUGGACAGGAGAUUGAUUUUGCUUCGGUAGGAGACCCAAUUGCGGAUGGAAUAUGCACACGUGCGUUGUUAGGUAAUGACGAGCUUGCCUGAUAGGGGUGUAUCAUCGUCUUCAUCUGAUCCGUUGUGCGAGGGUAACAUUGCACCUUGUUCUUCUAGCUCGGAACAGAAGGAGGAUUGUAGCCUGAAACAAUCGAAAACCUCGAUCCUGUCCUGCGUUUUCAAUUCACCUUUCAAUAUCUUUGAGGCGCACCAGGAUUCGUCCGCAAACAAGUCGCCGAAAUCGUCCUCUGGAUCCUAUGAUUGGUCGAGGGUAUUGAGGAGGAUCGUGUGCUCUGGCUCAAUGUGGCGUUUUCUGGGCACCUCCAAGGUUCUCACUUCAAGUGAUGUGUGGUUCCUUGGUAAAUGUUACAAGCUUUCGUCGGAGGAGUCGUCUAGUGACUCAGAUUCCGAAAGUGGGCAUGCCACAUUUCUUGAGGACUUCUCGUCAAGGAUAUGGAUCACUUAUCGCAGAGGCUUUGAUGCCAUCUCUGAUUCCAAGUAUACUAGUGAUGUGAACUGGGGCUGCAUGGUCAGAAGCAGCCAGAUGCUGGUUGCUCAGGCAUUGAUUUUCCACCAUCUUGGCAGAUCUUGGAGAAGGCCCUUGGAGAAGCCAUAUAACCCAGAAUAUAUAGGGAUCUUACACAUGUUUGGUGAUUCUGAAGCUUGUGCUUUCUCAAUUCACAAUUUACUUCAAGCUGGAAAUAGUUAUGGUCUGGCUGCUGGAUCAUGGGUGGGUCCAUACGCCAUGUGUCGGGCAUGGCAAACCCUUGUCCGCACCAAUAGGGAGCAACAUGAAGUUGUUGAUGGGAAUGAAAGUUUCCCUAUGGCUCUUUAUGUGGUAUCCGGUGAUGAAGAUGGUGAAAGAGGUGGAGCUCCAGUUGUUUGUAUUGAUGUUGCUGCUCAGCUUUGCUGUGAUUUCAACAAAGGUCAAUCAACUUGGUCACCGAUUCUUUUGCUGGUCCCUCUGGUUCUUGGUCUUGACAAAAUUAAUCCAAGGUACAUUCCUUUACUAAAGGAGACGUUCACAUUUCCUCAGAGCUUGGGGAUUUUGGGUGGAAAGCCUGGAACAUCAACCUACAUUGCUGGGGUACAGGAUGACAGGGCGCUCUACCUAGAUCCCCAUGAAGUUCAGAUGGCAGUUGAUAUUGCAGCUGAUAACAUAGAGGCAGACACUUCUUCAUACCACUGCAGCACUGUACGAGAUUUGGCCCUAGACCUGAUAGAUCCGUCAUUGGCUAUUGGUUUUUACUGCCGUGAUAAAGAUGACUUCGAUGAUUUCUGUUCUCGCGCCACUGAGCUAGUAGAUAAAGCCAAUGGAGCACCACUCUUCACUGUUGUGCAGUCGGUUCAACCGUCAAAACAAAUGUACAAUCAGGACGAUGUGUUGGGCAUCUCAGGGGAUGGCAACAUCAAUGUCGAGGACCUCGAUGCCUCAGGUGAAACAGGAGAGGAGGAAUGGCAGAUUCUUUAGUGAAGGAACAAAACUGACCUCAUGAGGUACAGAAAACGUUGCGUCCAACACGUCGGUCGAAUGCCCUUGUUUAUGUGUGGGUGAAUAGAAAUGACUCGUUGUGUUGUCUACAGAACAAGCUGGCACUGUCUCGAUACCCCAGGGGGUUGGGUCUUGGGAGAAUCAGCUUUAGGUGCUACCGAUGUAAAAAUGUGAUCAGUUCAUCGCUCAUUCGUUGGAAAUCUCCUUGUAUCAUACAUGCUCUUGUGGUUGGCUAUAACUCAAAAUUUAUUAUACGUUCUGUUACCAUGUUA